ACAAAAAUUUUGAAAUUUUUUAUUUUAAGUAGAGUAUUUUUUCUAGCCUGCUUCAGCCACAACAGAAGCUUCUGCUGCUGCUGCUACUGCUACAAACACUACCACAACUGCUAAUACAAGUUCAACUUCUAGUUCCACCACUACAAAUUCCUUUUCUGGACCAUCAAUGUUUUCCAAUGCAUCUUCAUUAUUUGGUAGUCAGAGUCCAUUGAUGUUUAUGGAAGUUGGACCAAAUUCUAUUACCAUUGACAGUAUAUCUGCCACUGUUGUUAGUCAGGCCGAACAUGUUGGCUUGACAACCGCGUCAAGUUCUACAACAAGCACAACCUCUACAACUGAAAGCAGUCAACCACAGUCGCAUAGAGGUGCCACAACUAACACUACACCUUCUGGAACCACAGGUCCUCGUAUAUCCCAAGACAGUGGUAUCAAUUCUGUCAGAAACUUCGCAUCACUUUCCAUGCCUCUUUCUAAUAUGGGUGGCGGCUUUUCUCUAUUCGAUCCGUGUCUUCCUUGCAACUCUUGUUGGGCAUUGCCAUCCGUUCCCAGAUCUAGAAGAUUCAGACCCGUAAGAACACGAAUGGUUCCGCGUGAAUCUGAGCAAGAGAGGCAUUCUAAUGUCCAAAUGUUUGAAUCAGAACUUCGAAACAUGGGACGUCACCAGGCUUCCACUGAUGAGACUUUUACGUCACUGUUACAAAUGGUAGCUGGUGCAGCUGGUCCUCGACCAAACAGGAUGACUAUUGGACAGCUAUCCUCUCUUUCAUUAGAUGGUAGUGCAGCAUCUAGUCAGAAUAUUAUCUGGGAUUUAUUUGCUAGAGUGGUCAAUUCACUAACAGAACACGAUCUCAUUGAAAUAUUUGUUGGUCGUCCCGAGCCAUUGGAACAUGUCAGAGUUGGCUUACAAGAUUUUAUUCGGCAAAGGUUAUUAAAUGGUCAGGAAGAAACAAAUGAAAACAUCAAUUCAGCAAUUGACAGUGUGAUCAGUCAGUUACAAGAACUAAUUCAGGGAUCAGCUAGAGAUGCUAACGUGAAACCCGACAUUGAUUUUGUGGCAACAAUUAACACUUUCUUGAGGCAAAAUUUGCGCCAAUUGAUCACUUUUGUUUUGCAUCCACCUGAAGGGUCCAGUUUUGCCGUGUACCUUUAUACCAUGUGUCGUACCAUAAUAUCCGAGUUCAUCAUUCUUACCAUACAUUGUUCGGUAGAUGGCAUAACAUCUCUACAACGUAUUUUUGAAGGCAGAGUUAGACAAUACGCCAAUCAUCUACGUCCAGUUCUGAACUGGUUGACUACGUUAGGUGCCUCAGAGUUUCAUACAAUGUUGGCCAACAUUAGCAUAACGGCAGAACAAGUAGAACAUUAUGUAGUGAAUGUGUCGAAAGAAACAAGUGAUGAGGCAACACCACUUCUUGCAGCAAAUUCAGAAAGUAAUGCAUAUAAUUCCGGUUUGGAGAUGAUGGAAGACGAUACUACAUCCAAUGAAGUUGCUCAGAGUGAUGUGGCAUCUGGAAGUGUAGAAAUGGCCACUAAAGAAAGUUCACCAGAGUUAAUGGAAGCAGAGAGCAUACAAGAAAUAAAUCAAAACAACUUUGAGGGUGCAACAUCUGCAACGGGUUUAUACGGCUCGUUAUCAGAUGACGAAUUGGGUGAAGUUACAAUAGGUUCUGAACCUUGGCAUGCAUCUGUACCAAAGGAAUGGGUUCCAAUCAUCACUCGUGACAUUAGGCGACAACGUCGGCAGGCUCCUCAGCCUCCAUUUAGCGAUGCCUAUUUGAACGGAAUGCCUUCGAAACGAAGACGAAUGAUGCCAAAUAAUACAAUUGGAGCAAUUCAGACCAUCUUGCCCGAAGCCAUACAGAGAGCGGUUAGAUCAGUUAACGUACAGCCCAUUACCAGUAUGGAGGAAUUGCGUCGGGAUGCCGUGCAAGACACGUCUUUACACAAUGCUUACAGAGAACAAGUAAAGUGUGCCAUACAGGAUCGCAUACGCAACGAUUCGGACUAUAUACCCGAAAGAUUUCCAAAAACUGAAAAAUAUUUCAACAGAGAAUGAACUGGAUACAACAAAAUAUAGAGCAGACUAUAAUCUUAUUCAUAUUUAAGACUUUCCAUUUUUACUAUACACGUAACAUUUGGAUCUUGAAGCAGCGAGGCAAAAUUGCACGGUUUUAUUUUAAUUGUUUCUUCGAUGUACGAGAAUUUAUUAGUAAUAUUCAAAAAUAAAGGAAGUUAUCCAAAAAUCGGAAGGCUUUGGUCUCUUUAAUUUAUCUUCUACAAUAAUCC